AUGUCUGGCUCAACUGCAAUUGCAGGAUCAUGGUCCUCCCUACCUGUGCCAUUGACUUCAUGGAUGUUCGAUGUCAUACAAUCUAUGGGAUAUACUCAAAUGACACCCGUCCAAGCUUCAACCAUUCCAUUGUUCAUGAAAAACAAGGACGUGGUGGUAGAAGCAGUCACUGGAUCUGGAAAAACUCUCGCCUUUGUUAUUCCUAUUCUAGAGCGUCUGAUUCGACGGCCAAACAAGCUUCGUAAGAAUGAGAUUGGAGCGCUCGUGAUUAGCCCUACCAGAGAACUCGCAUCCCAAAUACACUCUAUCUUCACUCUAUUUUUAUCCUCACAACCUGUAUCUUCCACUACCGAAGAUCCUCCUCGCGCUUCCGAAACUCCUUCGGACGAAUAUCCCUCUCCUCUCCUUCUCGUCUCAUCUUCCGAAUCGACUCCUGCACAGGAUGUUCAGCGCUUCAUCUUAAUGGGAGCUGAUAUUAUAAUUGGCACCCCUGGACGUGUAGAAGAAUUUCUACUUGGGAAAGGUAGGGAUGCAGUGGUUGUCAAAGAACUUGAUGUUCUCGUCUUAGAUGAAGCAGAUCGCUUGCUUGACAUGGGGUUUCAGCAGACCUUGACUCGGAUUCUUACUCACCUGCCAAAGCAACGGAGAACCGGUCUGUUCAGCGCUACCAUGACAGAUGCCGAUGCCAUUUCGGAGCUUGUCCGGGUAGGACUGCGCAAUCCUGCCAGAAUUGUGGUUAGAGUGCAGUCAAAGAGGGUUUCAAGUCACCAUGCGAGCGAUCCUGAAGGCCGCGGACAAACGAUCGAAGAACGCAGGAUACCUGCUAACCUCAAAAUAUUUCAUGUGUCGUGCCGGCCGUCAGAAAAACUUAUACAACUGACUCGUAUAGUGCUCCACGAGGUGACACACCACCGGGCUGCACGGUUCAUAAUCUAUUUUGCAACUGGCGUUUCUGUUGACCACUUCUAUCGCGUUCUUCCUCUGUUUCUUCCGGCUAGUGCAAGCCUGUUCUCUAUGCAUGGCCAUCUUCAACCUUCUGCCCGCACACAUACUCUAUCCUCGUUUACUUCAUCUCUCUGCACACCGACGGCUCCCUCGAUUCUUCUCGCAACUGACGUUGCCGCAAGGGGGCUCGACCUUCCUGACGUUGAUGUAGUCAUUCAAUUUGACCCACCCUCUGAUACCAAAGCAUUUUCACAUCGAUGCGGACGUACAGCGCGUGCGGGUAAGAGCGGCAGAGCCUGGGUCUUGCUCGUAGGACGGGAGCGAGAAUACGUCGAUUUCUUGUCUGUUCGAAAGAUCCCUCUUCAUGAGCACCAGUAUAUUCUCCAGAAUGGCGCACUCUCAGCAGAAGGCGAAGAUCGCCCAGAGGACAGUGCAGUAUCCUCCUUCCAGUCAAGUAUUCGUAGCGAGCUGUUAAAAGAUCGCUCUUCGCACGACAGGGCAACGAAGGCUUUCGUGUCGCUUGUUCGCGCAUACAGCAAACAUGAGGCCUCAUACAUCUUCCGAGUCAAAGAUCUCGAUCUUGUUGGCACAGCGAGGUGCUACGGUUUACUCCGUCUUCCUCGAAUGCCGGAAUUCAAAAAUGUGGACAAAAGUAGUUGGAAUGAUGCUGACGUUGAUUGGGGCUUGUACGCUUACGCAGAUACAGCGCAAGAGGCAAAACGACUCAGCGCAGCUAAAGCCAUAUCUUCACAAGAUAUGCGCCAGAAACGGCUACCCAAGGACAAAUCCCAAAAUGUGGCGUGGAGCAACAAAAUCACCAGAACAGAGGAAAGGGAACAAAGGAAGGAGAAGAAGGAUAGGAAAAGAAAAUGGCUUCGAUCUCAACAGCAAUCAACAGAGGCCGGACAGGUUCCAGACGGCAACGAUGACGACGACGACGACGACGACUGGGAGGAGUUAGCGCGGGAAGAGCGGAUGGCAAAGAAGCUGAAGAAAGGAGGUAUAAAUCAAAGCGAGUUUGAUAAAGAAUUCGCCGAUCUGUGA